AAUGGCUGCCGUAAAACCUGUCACACUAACUGCCGCAAAGGAGUUGCGAAUCUAACCAGGCAAAGAGGAAAACGUGCAUACUUGGUCGCCUUCAAAGCAAGAGAAAUUACGUUUUUACGGCAUUACCUUUAGCUUUAUCUGAAUGUAUGAAGUUUCGGUUAGCUAUUUAAAGCGUAGUUAUCUUAAGCAUGGCUCUCUAUAUGAAAGCAGCAGAGAUUCUUGAUAAAGUGGAGCAGAAAAAGGGGGCUGUGAAAACUCUUGUCUAUGAAAGUAAAUACCAAAAUAUCAAACAACUCUUUGCACUCGUAUGCGAGACACAUAAAUACUCAUCGGUCCUGCAGGAGAUUAUCGACAGCACCAGCUUUCUAAAAGAAACAAAACUCCGGAUUCAUUUGGCAAAGGUGCUGGCGUAUGACCUGCUCAUUGGACGUGGGGUGAAAUGCGGAGGCACCUGGAAGGUCAUGAUGAUGAAACAUCGAUCCAGACUACAAGCUGCUCUGGCACGAAUUAAAAUCAAGAGGAAAGUGAGUCGAAAUGAGGAUCUGCUACCUUCCGGUUUCCAGCAGAUGCAGGGUGACGUAAUUCCACGAUUUGUGCGGGUGAACACAUUGAAAACAACUGUUGAGGAUGUCAUUGACUAUUUAAAAAGAGAAGGAUUUACAUAUCAGGGUACAGCUAGUCGGCUUGAAGAUCUUGAUCGGCUGUCUGGGAAAUCAUUUCUCUGUGAUCUUCAUCUCGAAGAUCUUCUGGUUUUCAGUGCAAAAAUGGACUUUCACAACCACUUCCUCUAUAAAGCAGGCCACAUUAUAUUGCAAGAUAAGGCCAGCUGUCUUCCUGCUUUUCUCCUGAACCCCCCAGUCAGCAGUCAUGUGAUUGACGCUUGUGCAGCUCCAGGAAACAAAACCAGCCAUCUAGCUGCCAUAAUGAAAAAUAAAGGGAAGCUGUUCGCUUUCGAUCUCGACACAAAACGCCUGUCCACCAUGAGCACCCUUCUUUUGCGUGCCGGGGUCACAUGUCAGCAGCUGGCCAAUCAGGAUUUUCUGAAAGUAGACCCACAGAGCUCUGAAUAUAAGGAGGCUAAGUACAUCCUUCUGGACCCCUCUUGUAGUGGAUCAGGAAUGGUGUGUUUGCGAGACAAAGCGUUAGAGCCGCAGGAGGACAAGCGUCUGCAGUCGCUGGCUGCGUUUCAGCUGCGCUGUCUCAACCACGCGCUGCAGUUUCCUCAGGUGCAACGUGUCGUGUAUUCCACCUGCUCCGUUCACUCAGAAGAGAAUGAGAACGUGGUGUCUGCCUGCCUGCAACAGAACCCUGGAUUCAGAUUAGUCCAUCUUCUUCCAAACUGGCCCGAGAGGGGUCACGACCCUUUCAAACAGUGCCUGCGUGCCAACCCAGCAAAAACACGGACUCAUGGGUUUUUUGUGGCCAUGCUGGAGAAACGUUCCCUGCAGAGAGAGGGAGAAAACGUCCUGAUUACCACAACAUUGCCCGCUGGUGGUGAGGAAAAGCAGGACAUACAGCAGUCUAGUGCACCUGAUGAGGAACAAGAGAACUCGGAGACUGCGAGCGAGCAUCCUACAAACCCAGGCUCAAAAAAGAAAAGGAAGAGAAACCGAAAAAAAACCCAAAAUCUAGAAUCAUGAGACUCAUCAGCUUUUCUGAACUACCAUUACACGGUUGUUGAUGCCCCUGAGCUUUCAUUAAAAAAAUGUGAUGGCAAGAUUGCUUGACGUUCGUAUGCAAAUUUUCUUUUCUUCUGCCCCACUAGUUAUUUAAAACCUCAUAAAAACGAGCAGUCGAAAGAGCAUGUGAAUUAUUUGUCAUGCAAUAACAAGUACCAUUCGCAAUUAAAGUCAACUUUACAGUUUUAUUGAAAACCAGCAUGUCAUUAUCAGAACUUCGAGCAGACACAGAUCGCAGUCUGCACGCUGCUCCAUUCACGCUUUGAGGGUUAGCGGUGAUGCCAUUUACUCACAAACACGAACUGGGCAUCCACUUACAGCAACAUAUGAAAAUACAUAAUACAACAGCUGUCGAACAUUCACAGCUUGAGAAAUCCAGCUCUCAACUCAACACACGUCUCAUUUUCCCAACAGUCUACGUGUUGAAGUUUUUCAUUUGUGGGGAUUUCUAAUAAUAAAGGAAAACUCGAAAAGCUACAACACCACCAGCAUUUAAAAACAAGAUACUUGUUCCCCAGUUAUGUCCGUAAGUACAUUUACCAGAUCGAAAACAUGUAAAGGGGUGAACAAAAAUAAAACAUUAAAAUAAGGGUGCUUCUUGUGCUUCCAUAUUUGUGCAUUGUAAUAGUAAAUAAACCCAGUGUUAUGUAGAAAUACAACUAUGUUGAACAGAUGUAAAAAAAAACACUGCUCUAUCAAACCUAAAAAUAUGAUUAAGACUUAAACUCCUAGGGUUUAUGUGGUCCACACAAUGUUUGACAGAUUCCCAUUCAGGAACAUUCUUAAGACAUGCUGAUUCAAUCACAGGCCAAUUAAUUGCUAAAUCUUGGUAUUAUAAACACAUCACAAGCAUGCACAAAACCAUAAGGAUUCAAAGCCAGGAAUGGUUCAUACAAAAUUCAAACAUGGUGUGCAUGCAAAGACAAAAAUUGACAUACAAAAAUCUUUCAUGGCUCUCUAGGAUUAAUAAAUUCCGAAUGAAAAUUAUUUUAAACUUUCUGCAAAAAAGCAGCAAUUAUCCUGAAAUUCACACAUUUGGGGCAUUUUCAAUUUCUUUUUUUUGCAUAUCUACAGUCAAACAUACAUUUUCUAAAGCAUAUAAUCCUUUUAAGUAUGGUCACUCAAAGCUGCACUUCUGCAUGAGGCUAGUUUGAAUCACUCCGGUCAGUAAUAAAAAAAACAUUCAAACUCUCCACAAUGUCUACAAUCUCUAACUUUUGCACACAUCAUUAUGAAAGAACUGGCGUCUGUUUCUCCAAGUACAAACCAGACAUCAGUCAUAAUAUACAACCAGAAGCAAAACACGCUAAGGCACACUGCAAUAAGAAAAGAACUAACUGAAAAAAUGAACUUUCUGUGUUUUUGAAGAUUACAGCUACAGGUUAAGCGUGAAGAGCUACAUGCCUAUGUGUCUGUGGUAAGUGCAGAAUUUACUUAUUCCAUGGAUAAAUACCAGUAACUUAUAUAUUAAAUGAGACUUCGUAAAACACUUUAGGUGAGAUACAAAUACACAUUUAAAGUUGAGAGGUAGUACAACGGCCAAAAAGCACACUGACGGUGUGAUGAAGGUGAACACGUUAGGCUAAAAACAUCAGCUUUGGUUUCAAACAGAGAAGUCAGUGCAUAAAGUAUAAAUGUAAUGAAAUCAACAGGAUCUUUCCCAAUAUGGUGGCUCUUUUAGAUGAAUGUGCAGAAAAAAAGUGGAAAAGUUAAACUGUUUAUUAUUCAGCUCAAUCCAUUCACUCGGACAAAAACAGCGUUUUCAUUUUUUAAAUGAAACAGGUAAAAUGAUCACUCUUUUGAGGGCGUUUGGUGAAAACUUAAACAUGUCAGUCAAUGAUCAAAAGCAUGACAAUAAAGACUAACUACAAAGAGGGAAAAAUAUUUACUUGAUCUAAAAAUAACGCGCAUCUGAUUAUGCAUCGUCAGCCAAAAAUAAACAAACAAAGUUCAAAUAAAAUUCCAUUUCUUUCAACAAACCUGGAUUGCAUUUCAUGUUUAAAUUUAGAAUUGAAAGUCUUGGUCUUUCGUUUCUUCAAGUAUAACCCAUCCAGUUCACCAUCCUUCCCCAACACAAGAUCUCCUCAUCAGGCAACUCCAGACUCCAUCAGUGAGGACCAUUGAUGAGUUUCAGUGGACGCACCGCCAUCAAGGACGCGGCAGCCCAGCGCUCUAAAAUCUACACUCCCCAUGAGCCUUGAUACUACACACCUGACCAGCCCUGGCAGUCUGAAAGGUUGUAGAGGUGAGAUUGGUCUCACAGGUCUGAUCAAGAGCCAUGUUUUGUUUGGACCAGCAGUUGCAUCUGGGGCAGGUGGGAUAGCCAAAGUAAUAGUAACAGAGUCCACACAACAAUGAUGUAUGGUUGAAGGGACAGGUCUCAGAU